CGGUUGCGCUCUCGCUGUCUUGAAUUUGUCCCGCGGAUGCAUGAGAGGGGAAGCAGGCAGAGCAAAGUGAGCAGGACGAGAGUGGCUGCGCACAAAAACGGACGUGGUGAGCAGAACAGAUUUUUCAGGACCAGGAGACGAGAGUGCAGGCUGAAAACAAAAACGACAGCAGCAAACCCUCAGCACAACUCUGUUUUCCAGUGUUUUUGAGCACACGCCCCCAGAAAUCUAAUCGGGGGAGGUCGCGUGCGGGGUCCACCGUCUGCUCAUUAGCUGCCCGGCUUCAGACGCUGCUGCGCGCCCCAUGAUGGACCAGCUCUGGUGAUCCGGAGAAGAAGACCAGUCGCCCUGGACGUCAACAAGUCCACAGUGCUUUGAGAAAAUGGGCCGUUUUUACAUUGAAGAGGGGAGGGCAUUGCUGUAACACCGGCGGAACAUGGCAGGGGUACACGCUUCAGAUGUUGUGUCGGGACAUUUUCUGGAUCCUACCCUCGGCUCCCCGCAAGCCCAGGGCGCGACCGAUACAGCGGGAACCCCCGGAGAAGCGGCCGCGCUGACUCUCACCGGUACCCGGGCGUACUUGGACGUGUCGGCCGCUGCCCACGGGUACGGGGCCGAAGGAGUGUACACCAACGGACGGUACAGGGAGCACAGCAGUCCAAGGAGUGGCAGCCGUGAUAAUUCCACUGACAGGAGUCAGGGAGCUGGAAACAUACCUUGCGGCAUCAUGAAGGAUGGUUCCAAACAGAGGCAGGUGAGGAAGAAAACAGUGUCCUUCAGCUCAAUGCCAAGUGACCGCAAGAUCAACAGCACAGCUGCUUGCAUGGCCUUCAUGAUGGAGGGUUGUGAGAUGAAGAAGGUGCGCUCCAACUCACGCAUGUACAACCGAUAUUUCCUGCUGGAUCCAGACAUGCACUGGCUCCGUUGGGAACCAUCCAAGAAAGAUUCAGAGAAAGCAAAACUGGAGAUAAAGGGCAUUAAGGAGGUGCGUUUGGGAAAGAAAACUCCAGUUCUCCGCAGUAAUGGUCUCUCAGACCAGUUCCCUGAUGAAUGCGCCUUCUCAAUCAUCUAUGGGGAUAACUAUGAGUCCUUAGAUUUGGUAGCCAGUACAGCCGAUGUUGUCAGCACCUGGGUGAUGGGCCUGAGAUAUCUGGUGUCUUAUGGCCGGCACACAGUGAAUAUGGUGGAACCAAGCCAACCGAGUCUUCGAACAUCUUGGAUUGGCUCAGUGUUUGAGCUGGCAGAUAUGGAAAAGGAAGGACACAUAGAUCUGUUCAGGGCCACCCAGAUAAUCAAGGGGCUCAACCCUGGUAUGAAAGAGUCUAGGAUAGAGCUGAAGUUCAAGGAACUCCAGAAAGCUAAAGACCAAUAUGGAGAGGCAAUUAACAUGGACACCUUUGUAGAGGCCUACUGUGAGCUCUGCACACGACCAGAGAUCUUCUUCCUAAUGGUACAGUUCUCCAGUAACAAGGAAUAUCUGGACAGUAAAGAUCUGAUGCUAUUUGUGGAGGUGGAGCAGGGUGUGGAAGCAGUAACAGACGACAUGUGCCGGGAAAUUGUUCAAAAGUUUGAGCCAUCCGCCGAAGGUAGGGAGAGGGCCUACCUCUCCAUUGACGGCUUUACACACUACCUCCUCUCCUCUGAAUGCCACAUUUUUGACCCUCAACACAAACGUGUGUGCCAGGAUAUGAGCCAGCCUCUUUCCCACUACUACAUCAACUCGUCACAUAAUGCCUCACUUCUGGAAGACCAUUUCUGGGGAUCUGCAGAUAUCAGCAGCUACAUCCGAGCUCUAAGAAUGGGCUGUCGCAGCAUUGAGGUCAUUGUAUGGGAUGGCCCUGAUAAUGAACCAGUUGUGUAUGUGGGUAGUUCUGUAGCCUCACAUCUAGCUUUCUCUAAAGUCCUGGACAUCAUAAACCAAUAUGCUUUUGAGAGCUCUGAGUAUCCCCUGAUUCUCUGCCUGGUGACCCAUUGCUGCAUCCCUCAACAGAGAGUCAUGGCACAGCAUAUGAAGAAGAUUCUUGGGGACAAGCUGUGUGUUGAGCCCCCAAACAAGGAGGACAUAUACCUCCCCUCCCCUGAGAAACUCAAAUGUAAAAUCCUCAUCAAGGGUAAGAAGUUACCGCCCAACUGCACUGAUGUUGAGGGUGAUGUGACGGAUGAGGAGGAGGGUCUGGAAAUGUCUCGAAGAGUGGGAGGAAAUGAGAAGGACCAGCUCAAUGGAUUAAGCUACAAGAGACUGAGGCUGUGCAGGGAGCUCUCUGACCUCGUAACUCUCUGCAAGUCAGUCCAGUUUAGGGACUUUGAGAUCUCUAAGAGAGACCAAAAACAUUGGGACAUCUGCUCCUUCAAUGAGGUAGAUGCAAACAGAUAUGCCAAUGAGUUCCCAGAGGAAUUUGUCUGUUAUAACAAGCGCUAUCUCUCCAGGGUAUAUCCCACACCAAUGAGAAUUGAUGCCAGCAACAUGAACCCCCAAGACUUCUGGAAGUGUGGCUGCCAGAUAGUAGCCAUGAACUACCAAACCCCAGGCCUCAUGAUGGACCUCAACCUUGGCUGGUUCAGGCAGAAUGGUAACUGUGGGUAUGUUUUGCGGCCAGCCAUCAUGAGGGAGGAGGUGUCCUACUUCAGUGCCAAUGCUCGUGACUCGCUGCCAGGCGUGUCUGCUCAGCUUCUUCACAUUAAGGUCAUCAGUGGGCAGAAUCUGCCCAAGCCUCGUGGCUCUGCAGCCAAGGGUGAUGUUGUGGAGCCCUACAUAUAUGUGGAGAUUCACGGCAUCCCAGCUGACUGUGCUGAACAGAGAACCAAGACUGUGUCUCAGAAUGGUGACAACCCUAUUUUUGAUGAGAGUUUUGAAUUCCAGAUCAAUUUGCCAGAACUUGCAGUACUGCGCUUUGUCGUGCUGGAUGACGACUACAUUGGCGAUGAGUUCAUUGGCCAGUACACCAUCCCAUUUGAGUGCCUACAGCCAGGCUACAGACAUGUCCCUCUACAAUCUCUGACAGGAGAGUUCCUACCAAACACAACUCUUUUUGUCCAUGUAGCCAUCACCAACAGGCGGGGUGGAGGAAAGGCUCAUAAGAGGGGUCUGUCAGUCAGGAAGGGUAGGAAGGCCCGGGAGUACACCACCACCAAGACCACAGGGAUCAAAGUGGUGGACGAACUCUUCAGAGCUUCCACCCAGCCCCUCAGGGAGGCCACAGACCUCAGAGAAAAUGUGCAGAAUGCCAUGGUGUCCUUCAAGGAGCUCUGCGGCCUGACCCCGGCCGCUAACAUGAAGCAAUGUAUCCUGACCGUGUCUACCUGGCUGACGAACAGCGAGCGGUCACUGAGGGUAACGCUGGACCUGAGCGAGACCUACCCCACCAUGGAGGCUCAGGGUCCGGUUCCUGAGCUGCUGCGCAAAGUGUUCAAUGCCUAUGACAUGAUGAUCCAAACCAGCAGAACACUGAUCGAGUCAGCUGACGUCGUCUACUCCAAGCUCACACAAGCACAACGGGCAGGUCUGGACUUCCAUGAGGAUCUGCAUCACAUCGGAGCGAAGGAAGGUCUGAAGGGCCGCAAACUGCAGAAGGCGAUGGAGAGCUACGCCUGGAACAUCACCGUGCUCAAGGGCCAGGCAGACCUGCUGAAGCACGCUAAGAGCGAGGCGCUGGACAACCUGCGUCAGAUCCACUGUGCCGCCCAGUCCUGUGGCCUCAGUAAGAACGGAGCAGCUUCCCCACAGCUCCAGCACCAUCCUCUCCGCCCGCCGCAGCAGCAGACACAGCCACAGGCCAAGACCCAGCCUCCUCCACCUCACCCGCCCCAAACCCAGCCCCCAGCCCCAACAGCACCUCAGGCUUAUCACCAUCCCCUUCCCCAGGAACAUCCCCAGCAACACCCCCAGCUGCCAGCUCUCCCUUUGGUUCAAACUCUUUCAAAACCACCGGCCUACACCCAACCUCCGCCCCUAACCCAGCUCCAGUUUCAGUUUCAGAGCCAGCAGCAGAGGGCAGCAGGAACUCCGGAGGGCGUCUCUGACAAAGAGCUGGUCAGAGACGACCCUGUGGGAUCCUGCUGACCCGCAGCCUGUGCCAGCAGAGAAUCCUACCCAAAGAGAGACAGGGAGGGCAAGACAGAGAUGGGGAAGCAGAAGGAUGUAGUGGAAAAGAAGGGGGGCAUUAAUGAAAAGGACAUGGAGGAAUUGGCUGAGAGAAAUAAAGAGAUGAUGCUGGGGAGGAAGACUCGCCGUGUUAGAAGCGAGACGCAGGUCUGAACGGGUUUCAGUUAGGGCUGAAAGAGAGAAGAAAGAGAGACCUCACACUGCAAUCACACAUCUCUAAACUGGAAAGACAUUUUUACUUCUCUCUGUCAUGGAUGUGGAAAAUAUAUUUUAUCUGAGCCAGGAAGUUGAGGUCUCUUCUGUUUUCUCUCUUGUGAAAAGCCAAAUGUACGGAAGCCUGGAAAGGCCGAAAACAGUUCUAGUGAUCUGGUGACAUUUUGUCAGCAUAAUCUACAUAGGUUCUGAAAGUUCCUUUGUUGCCAGGUUUUAGUAGUAAAUAUAGGUUACACUAAAUGUUUCGCUAGGCAACAUUUUUUUACAUUUCAUUUAGCUGACGCUUUUAUCAAAAGCGACUUAAAAUAAGUGUAUUCAACUUUUUAUUUUGAUCAGGAUAAUUUCUUAUGUCUUUGCUCUUGUAAUACUCGUUUAACCCACACGAGGCUGAACUGCUCUAUUAUAUGUUUUAAAUAGCACUCAAAGCAUUCAUGUUUUCUACCAGGUAUGUUUUCUCUAUGCAAUUUUAACACAAAAUGUAACAAGUUGUGUAACGUUACUCUCAUUUCUUUCUUCCGGCUGAAAAUGUAAUUUAAUCUUAUUGACACAUUGUUUUGAUUAGACAGACAAAACCUUACCUGGGAGAAGACAUGAAUGCUUUAAGUAUUAUGUAUAACAUGUGGUAGUGGUACACUGUUGUAGUCAAAGGAAUAUGACAACAAAAAACACAGCAGAAUUUAUCCUUAACAAAAACAGUUUGACAUGCCAAAAAAAAAAUUCUCACCUCACCUGUUUCACAAAUAUAAAGGAAAUGUAAUUUUUUUAAGUAAAUAGUGUUAAAGGAACUUACAAAUAAAUAAUCCUUGAUAACCUGUUCUUAACUCAUAAACAAAGUAGAAUAAAUUGUCAGAUCAUAAUUAGAAAAUGCACUAACAGAUUUGUUCCUAUCCUCUCAGGGCUUCCAUACAAAAGGGUAACAGCUGGUGACAAACCUGUCGUGUGUUUCUGCAAAGGAAUGUUUUGAAGUUGGAUCAGUUAGAUAUCCCUGUCUCUCUCUGGGCACUGCUAGUUACAUGCCCCUUCAUGAUGUACUCUAGCUCUGUUGGUACAGGCUUUACCUCACAUUGGCACUUUCUGCCACAAAUUUGCCUUUUCAUUUCCAGAGACUCCUCGGCAUGUCUUUGAGCUUUUAUUUUUUUAAUGCUCACACUCCUUCUCUUCGAUCGUAGACGUCAUGCUAAGUGCAAACCCUCCUUUUGACGACGAGGAAACCAUGUUAAUUUUAAGUGCACAACAUAGAGCAGCUUGAGUAGGCUAAGCUCUGUAGGCGUCACAGAUGUCCUUUUUAGCACAAACCAGGAAGCUGUAGAGCCAACAUAGAAACCAUCUGCAGCUGCUGAUGUGUUCAGUCACAUCGAUGCUCUUCUCGCAUCCAAUGCUGUUGUCCAUCGAGUCCCACACAUCUCCGGUGUCAUUCCAUGGGAUUUCAGUUCUUCAGCAUUCCUGGACUCUCCCCACAGGGUCUCCUUGUCUCCUCCCCAGGGGCUGUGUGUGUGACGUUACGUGAGUCAGUGUUUUGGUCCCCAGGGUGGAGCUAGCCCACCUCCGUAAGUGGCACAGCUCACCAGCCAAUCGCAACUGGAAUACCUGACCCCUGCCUGUUAGAGGUCGGAGGUCAACCAGAAUAUGGUACUGCUGUCAAUAAAAACACAAAAUAAAGUGAAUCUAGAUGUAAAAUGUAUGUAAAAUGUGCGAAGGGAACAUAUAUUGCUAUAUUAAUUAUUGCAGACACAGACAUUAAUGAUUGAUAUUAUAAUAAUUGUUGUUAGUUCUAUUGAUAUUCUUUUUUUUAACAUUACUUCCACAUAUACAGUGAUUUGAUUCCUGUUGUUCUGUGGUGCGGAUAAGGACAACCAGUGCAUGUAGGAGCAGAGCGAGGGAUAACUGGUCAGCGCCACAGCUCCAGGGUCAGACAAUAACCUGAUGUGUGUUUCACUGCGAAGUGAGUGUGGAUUCUGUGAGAGCUCCUGAAAGUGGCCCAUUAAAACUGGCUUCAUUGUUUA